CCCCUUGGUGAGUUAGUGUUUCAUCUUUCUCCUUUGCACGCCGGAAAUAAAAUUCGACCACCCCCGUGGAUUGAUUGUCCUUGUCUCUUGGGAUAAUCUCCGCGAGGGCUCGGAAGCCUUUUUGAAAAAACUGGGGGGCAUCAGAAUUAUAUGAUGGAUUCCCCGACGUUACAGUAGCCCUAGUCGCAGUGAGGAUCUCUUUACCUAGAAGUAUGCUGGCACGACUCGUCGCACUUGUUGAAACCAAACACGACAAACUAGAGUGAUGAAGUACUUAGCAAAACGAAUGAGAGAUGAAGAUUUUACUAUCUUUAGAAGAGUGGAAAUAACCUAUUUGAAAAGUAGUAUGGAGUAGAUCAAAAUGGCGCAACAAGAACAACCAACGUCGUUCAUCCGUCCACCUGUGCCCACCUCUUCUGUUGUUCUCUCGUGCUCGUCUGCCGCGCGUCCCCCACGGCGCGAAAAUAAAAAAAGAAUGUCCAGAGUGUCAACCACGUUGCUGCUCGCGGGGUCGUGCUCGUCGUCCCUGUGGUCGCAGUUUCUCGUGCUACCGCAGCAAGUAUCCGCGAACUGGCUCCUGAGUUGCUCCUCCUGUGUGGACCAAACGUACUUUGCGGACGAAAAACUCAUAUGAAUUGCAAAAGCAUCGCACUAGUAGAAAUCGCACGAAGAAUUCGCUUCGCGUUAGAAAUAGAAAUGAAAUUUGUAUAUGCAGAUUUACCUUUGGAAAGAAAUUUGAUGUCAUGCUAAUGCAUAAGUGCAAUACUACUACGAGUGCGAUACUUUUGCAAUGCAUAGCUGAAGGAUGAGGUCUCUCCCGCGAACACGGAAUCCUUGUUGGGCCAAAUCAAAAGGCUGCAGGUAAGAACGUGGUGACAAGAUAUUAAUUACUAGUACCACAGCAGGACAACAGUACAUGCUCACCUCGUUCAGCAUGCAGGAUGUGGAGCGAGAAGUUUUGCAAGUACUACUAGAGAAAUCCAUUCACUGGUGGUGCGUCAUAUGAUCCUGGCAUGCUGGUGCAGUUCUGAGUACAUCAGCAUCGUGCAAUUAUAUUGAAGAUGAUGCACGAAGAACAUGUCGAUUUAGAAGUGUUGUCAAAAGUUCUAUCUAAAUCGAUAGUCUAGUAAUUCCUGGAUGUUUAUGCCUUGAUGUGAACAACAACUAUACACAUCAUCGAUCUCAGGUGCAAAGCUUCCUGCACAAGGAGGACGAAUUUUUCAAUAAGUUUUUCAACCGGACCCUAUUACAAUGAAAAACGCCCCCACCCCCGAACUUGAAAGCAUUUGUAUUGCAAACCUUUCCAAAUGAAACAUUCGGCCUCUUGCAUGUAUCAGCAUCACAGAUUUCCGAUUGUGAAUAGCAAAAAUUUGUAUUGCAAAAGAUCCCAGCAAGAGCGGUGCUCGUCAUGCAAGCGAUGCGAAACAACACUAGAAUCUGCAUCAGAAAGAUUCAUAUUCCUUUCAUGCAUGACAAAAAGGUUUCAUUUGGAAACCUCGCAUCACAAAUUUUUGCAACUUUGGGGGUGGGGGGCACUUUUCACUGUAAUAGACCCAGCUGGGGAUUCUGGCGCAAGACCUGCGGGAAAUCAUGCCGGAGGCGGUGGUAUGGACUGCAAAAGCAUCGCACUCGUAGUACUUGCAAUCAUGCAUGACAAAUCUCCGACGUGAAGCUAAUCAGCAUGACAAAUUCUUUUUUUUCUUUUGAGCAAAUAAUUGAAAUAUAUAAUUAUUUGCAAUGCAAUUUAUACUAGUACGAGGCUUUUGCAAUGCAUAGGUGGCGUUGGUGCCGGAAAGGAGGUGGACCAACCAGCAGGGGGCCUCGAUGGUGAACAAGGACGUGCUCAUGAUUCGGGACUCGCACCUGUAUCGUUCAUUGUUAAGCUUUAGCUUUUAUGAUAAUCGAUGAACUUAUUAUAUUAAGCUUGUUGUUCAAGAACUGUUGAUGAAGUUGUAGAAGAUGAAGACUGAGGAUAUUCAAACUCGUCGUCCCCUCAUCUGAGUCGAAUCGUCUUCAAAGGUAGCAGCAUGCAAAUUAGUGAUGAAGUAUCAAUUUGGCCUAAUUUGGCUCAUUUGAUUGCGCGUUUCUGCCUGUUGAGCUGGCUGAUCACUCACGAAAGAACUAUAACUAAACUAAAACUUCUCCGUUUGAUGAUGCAGGUUGUUCUCCGCGGUGGGUGCGUUGAACCACUUGGCGCACGAUUUUGACCAGCAGGAGAACAUCGUCGAGGAGCACACGAUAUGAUUUGCAAAAGCAUUCUUGUACUGGUAGUGAUUGCAUGAUCAUGAGCUUGACAAAUUCAUAGCUUAGAAUGACAAAUGAAAUUGGUCAUGCUGAUUUAGGUUGGAAAAAAGAGUUGUCAUGCAUCAUCACGAUUACUUUUUGUUCCUACGAUUACGAUACUUUUGCAAUGCAUACACGAAAAGCCUCGGCUUUGUGAAGGACGAACAGGAGUUGAAUAAGAAAAAGCGGGAAUAUGAAACAAGUACACAACUUUGCCCGCCUGGCACUUUUUAUUGCGUCACAAACUUUGAAAACUAUACGCUUAGCUGCUAGCACGAUGAACGAUAUGAAUUUAUGUAUUCUCUUACCCGGUGAUCCUGAUCGCCAAAUCCGUAUUCAAUUGUGAAGAUGCAGUCUUUCCACCUUUUCGUUGCUAUCAUGGAGGAAUUAUUCGGAAAUACUAAUACAAUUAUUGCGGACGGACCAGAAGCAAGGCGAGUAAAGUUGUGCGCUUACUUUCAUACGGGAGACAUCAUGGAGCAGCUUCUGCGGACGGUGGCCACCACGGAGGUGCUGGCCAAGGCACUGCAGACGACGGAGAUCCGUUUUUCCGAGCUGGAGACGCACUUCGCGCUGCUCAAGGAAGACAGCAAGCAAAACACGGCCACUGUUAAGUCUCGCAUCGCGGAAGUGGAAGACAGCAUCGCAAACAUGAAAAAGGUGCUGGAAAAGGAGGCGCACAGCGACCUGGUGGAAAAGCGCAAGAAGUCGGAGAUGGAGUACGAAAAGGCCAAAGUCCUGAAGGAAAUCGAACAGCUGCGGUACGAGGAGGAGCAAAAGACGAUCAAACUCCGCAACAAAGAAAAGAAGGAGUCCGAAGAGGCUAUCAUUGCCAUGCACAAGGACAAAAUCAAGUACGAACAGGAACGGAAACUGGAAUCCGACUUGCAGACGAUCAAGGCGCAGGAAAUCAGCAACCUGCGGCAAUUAUCGGAGAAGGCGAAACACGAGAAGGAGAUGAAAGAGCCUAUCACAGAGAAAACGGAAAAACGCAACGGGCUGAUGAUCGCAUUUUUUUGCAGAAGAUGAAGAUCAAGAUGUUUUUGCUGUGAAGAGAAAUGAAAUUUGUUAAAGAACAAACGCAAAGGCUUUUUUCCCACCGAUUUCUAUGUCUUUCUUUGUAGUCUGCGUCUGGUUGCAGUUCUUCCUUUUCUUCGGGAGGGAGGUCCAACAUUGGUAUUGGAGCUAUUGCAACACAAAAUGUGGGCUGGUAGUUGCAGUUCCGCGGCUUUUUUCCAAGGGAUAAAGCUCGAAGUGGCCUCGCAAAAAUACAAGGCCGAAAUGGAGCUGCAGCAGGCAGUUGAGGCAGCACGUACUACAAUCUUGUGAAGUAGCAAUAAGUUUGAUAUUUGCAGCUGCGUUAACAUUCCCAACCCGGCUCUACUAGCGAAGAUGUCGAUGCCUUCAUUGAAUGACUGUCGUUCAUUUUGCAAUUUUUUUUUUUACCUCCUCCACUUUGAGGUGGAUCUUCAGGAAUGAAAAAGAAAAAUUAGUAGACCAGCUGGAGCAGUGCAUCUGCAGCUUCAAACUAACAACCGCCACUCAUCAUUCAUUUCCACCACAGGUAUCGAGCAAGAGGCGAAAAUAAAAGAGAUCCGGGAGAACGAGGACGUACACGCGCGGGAGCAGAAGAUGAAGCUUGAGGGCCAGAAGCAGCAGGUGAUUGUGGCCAUCCAGGCCACCGCCCGGAUUGUCACCUCCUGGCUUCACACACUGUACGGCUCCAGUCAAAACAUGCUCUACGCCCUGGGCUCCUUCAUCGCGGUCAUGGUGGGGGUGUAUUUCACGCGCGAAAUGGCGACCCUCUUGCGGGAGCAGCUCAACAAGCGACUGGGCCGCCCUUCGCUGGUGCGCAUGACCUCGAAAAAAACCCGAAUGGGCGAGGCCUGGAGGUACUAAAAAAAUGGAUAGCGAUUUAUUUAUCAUACACAUACAUAAUGAUGGUCUUAGUGAGUCAUCUUUGGACUUUUUCUUAUAUGUCAACUAUGGGUUUGAUGAUUGCAAAUCAGGUUACUGAAGAAUGUGUUGACGUGUUGCUUGUGCCGAAAACGUGCGGGCCACGAAUUCGACGACGUCGUGCUGCACAAGAGGCUAGAGGAACAAAUUUUCCGGCUCGCCAACGCCACCAAAAACGCGAAGGCACGGGGCAUGCCGCUGCUGCACAUCAUGUUUUACGGGCCACCAGGAACGGGGAAGACCAUGUGCGCCCAGCGAUUUGCGGAAUAUUCCGGAUUGGAGUACAAUUUCAAUACACAUUUGAUGUUUUUUCUUGAUGAUCCUUUGCGAAAAUGAAAAACAACGAAAACGAGAUCGAUGAACUCCCUCGGAGUCAGAAUAUACAAGAUGAAAAGCCUACCAAUCAUCUCAUCAGAUACGCUUUCAUGUCGGGCGCGGACGUGGCGCCACUCGAAGAGCAAGCGGUGACAGAACUACACAAGCUUUUCACCUGGGUGCACAAAUCACGAAAGGGUGUGCUGCUUUUCAUCGAUGAGGCCGACGCGUUUUUGGCCGUCAGAAACAAGAGCAUGAGCGAAAGCCUCAGAAACGCACUCACCACCAUGCUCUAUCAUACGGGUAUAGUUCUUCGCCUUGAAGUUGAAGAUUUGAAUUUUUACAUAUAGAUUAUCAUUGUUUUUCGAUACAGUAUUCUUGUCUACAAUUAUUUUUGAUUUUGAUGACGGAUGCGGCUUUCACGAUACUUUUGUAGGCUUCAUGCACAUUUAUCUCCCACGAUGGCUGUUGUAGGCGUCACGCGAGUAUGCAUUUUGCAUGGUAAAACUUGCAAAGUUUUGCUUGUUCAUGCGUUAUUUUGCAAUGUAACUAGAAAGUAGAACAUUUCCUCUUCACAAUAUAAUUUCAAUUUGCUCACAGGUACUCCAACGAGUCAGUUUUUGAUGGUGCUUGCUACAAACCGACCUGGCGACUUGGAUCCGGCUGUUUUGGAUCGUGUCGACGAAAGCGUCGAAUUCGGUCUACCCGAUCUUGCAGAGCGAGAACGUACUGCAAAUGCUACGUUCAUAAUCGACUUCUAUUAAUUUGAUUUUUUUGAAGGCGGUAGUGAAUCGAUGGCGCGUUUUCAUCCACUUAGUCUCAUGGUUUGCAUUUAUUAUGUUCCUGAUGCUAGACGUAGAAGCGCCAAGAAAUUGAAAUUUAUUUUGCUUCUCGAACAAAAAUAAAGAAAUGGCUUUUAACUUCAACAAAGCCUGAAAAUCGUAUAUAUUUCCUGUUUCACAGGCAUGGUGUUCCAGUACUUCGACAUGUACGUGCGGAAGCCGUUGAAGAUCAAGCUGAACGACAUCGCCCAGGCCAAGGACAGCAGCAAGUUGCUGAAAUAUGCAUUGCAAAACAGUAACGUACUAGUAUAAAUAGCAUCACAAAUUUCUGCAAGAGCAAAGCUAAAAUUUGUAAAUGCUACUUCAGGUAGUUUAGUGGAAAGAGAUUUGUCAUGCAUGGCUGCAAUUUAUGCGAGUGCGAUACCUAUUUUGCAAUGCAUAUGAAACGCCCGGCCGCGAUUUCCACGGCGUCGGACCCGGCCGCAACGCCCGCACUGAAGGACAAGGAGUCCGACUGCGAUUCCGAGGCGCUCCGGGAGGUGGCGGUGCAGCUGAAGACGUUCAGUGGGCGCGAGAUCGCGAAGCUCUUCACGGGGCUGCAGACGCACAUCUGCGCGAACAUGCGGGGCGCCUCGCUGCGCACCCGCAGUCUGAAGCUGACCAAGGGCACUUUGUUCGAGGUGGUGAAGAACAAGGUAGAGGAGCACCACCGUACACUGGAUGUGCUGGCGCGCGGCUACGCCUACGUACACAAGGAGGGCUCACCCUCGCUGCCCGGCACGCCGCUGGGCCUGAGUCGGACCUCCAUGCUGAGUGCCAGCGGGACCCGGAUUACACCCGCCGAGUGGCAGAACUCCUCCAUCAACAUAAACAUCAACAACAGCAACAACCAGGCGGUCGGGGCCGGGCACCUGCGGACCAACGGGCCGUCUCCCGCCGUGUUCGGCAGCGGGCUGAACAGUAACCCCAUGAGCGCCACCCCGGACCGCAUGGUACUCGUAGACGAGAACGGAAGGGUACGAAGAGGAAGUAGAGCGCUUGUCUUGCACUAUCAGCUGUUCAUCCAGACAGCAGGCUACAGCUUCGCUGUGGUCAUGCUGAGGAUGACCUUUGGAACUUGCAUUGCGAUACAGAGCAUCGUUCAUAAUAUUAGAAAUAGGAUUUGGUUGUAGUUGAAAGUCAGGUGUCGAAGUUGUACCAAAGAACUCCAAAAUUUGAUGGAAAUGCGUCAAGAAAUGAUAGUGACACACAACUACUUUUCGUUUCCAUACCGGAAGCUGAGCUCCCGGGGCAUCGACAUCGAAGAAAUGCCGAUCGCGUCCCAAAAGUUGAACGCCAUUUUGGAAAAGGAACCCCUCACCAGCGAGCUGAAGAGUGAAGGAGCGAAAAAAGCCAAGCUGCCCGACCCGUACGGCGGAGCGAAUUCAACAUCUGCAGCUGCACCCGUAUCAAAAACCAAGAACAUCGUCUCCAGUACUACUACUUCCGCGGCAUCCCCCAGUAGUAACGUGACCACAAGCACUACCCCCGGACAGAGUACCGGAAAGGACCAGCACAAAACGUCGACGUCUAGCAGUACAACUGGCACGACGUCGACUGCGAAGUCAGGGGCCAGCGUGCAGCCGUUCGCGGCCCAGCUUGUGGGCUACACGUCGUCGUCAACGAACAAGGAUAGCGAGUCCUCCACCUCGACGGAGAAUCUCGGAGUUGUGCCCGCGAGUAACAAAUUACCCGAUAAGAAGAAUACCAGCAAUUCUUCGAGCAAUUCCACAGCGAGCGGCCCGACCGCAAACGGCGGUUCUUCGGGGACCGAGGACGCCGUGCCCACGCCGGUAAAACUAAAACAGGCCGAAGGGGCGAACGCGAGUUGGUUCGAGUCACCACCUUUGAGUGCGGAAAACCGUAACAAACUGAAGGCUGAACACAAAAAGCAGCAGGGGGCACCGUCAAAAAAUGUAACCGCGAACGGAAAAUACUGA